AUGUCGUUUCUGGAAUACUCCGAGGAACUAGUCCCCACGAAACCGUCCAAAGUCCAAAACUGCAACAUGUGCCCCUAUUUCACGACAUCGUUUUUCCUCAUGGUAAGCCACGUUAACCGACACAAAUCCUGGCGAAAUUUUGUGUGUGAAAACACCACUAUUGAACGCUAUCGCUGCAAAGAUUGCAAUUUCGAAAGCGACCUGACGCUCAUGUUCAAGCUUCAUCUCCGAAACCACCAUAGUAUUCAUAGCAAACCGCAAGAAAAUGCACCACAUUACUACGCUCGAACGUACAUUUGUGAAAACUGCGCCUUUGAGUCCCACUUCUCACUUACGUGGCUCCAACACACUCUUUCCUGUGGCAAAAACGCAAACCGUGCACUCGAACGCAAAGGUUUGCAGUGGCAUAAAUGUGACCAAUGUGACAGCAAAUACGCGUCAAAGUCGUACUUAAAGAUCCACAAGAUCGUCAAGCACUUGAGCGACGACGAUAGGAUUUGGUACCGCUGCGAAAAAUGCCCAUUCAAAGCUAAAGUUAAAUUUAAUUUAAAAACGCAUUACAUGAGACAGCACGUGGACGAGCGAGACGUGAAGUGGUUUAAAUGCGAAAAGUGUCUCUACAAAACUAAACAAAAACCCCAUUUACGCAGCCACAUACUCACGAACCAUUUGGAUGAAAACGAGAUUAAGUGGUUUGAAUGCAGGAAUUGUUCGUACAGAUCCAAGACGAAAAUCGGGCUGAAAACGCACGUGAGUUAUCGGCAUUUGGACGGGAAAGAUGUCAAGUGGUACGAAUGCGAACAGUGCCCGUUUAAGAGCAAACAUAAGGGUUCUUUGAAUUACCACGUGGUUGCCCGACACACGGAUGAAAAACACAUUAAAUGGUAUGAUUGCAAAUAUUGUUCGUACAAGUCUAAAGUGAAGCUGGUGGUGAACAAACAUAUAAAGAAGAAGCAUGCGGAUAAAGAAAAGUGUCGUGUAGACAAUGUUGUUUUAAAAAGUCAAAUCAAUUUGCGAUUGAAGAGGAUUUUAAGCGACAGAUCGAAAAUGCCGUUUCUAGUAUACUCCAAGGCUCACACGAAAUCUUCCCCUAAAAAAAUCCACAAGUGUGGACGAUGCCCCUACUUCACCACAUGGUAUUUCCUCAUGGUCAGCCACCUUAAACGGCACAAAUGGCCACGAAUUUUUACAUGUGACAAGGCCACCGUUGAAUCCUACUACUGUAAAGAUUGCAAUUACCAAACUACUGUGACUCUUCUUUUCAUACUUCAUGUUAGAAAACACCACAGUAUUAAAAAGCAACGGCACGAAGAUCCCCCACAGUACUCCGUCCGCAAGUACAUUUGUGGAAACUGCCCGUUUGAAUCCCACUUUUCGAUGACAUGGUACCAACAUACUUUUUCUUGCCACAAAACCAAACAGAUUCAGGAAGUCGCGAAGCAAGGAACAGUUUGGUGA